GUAAGCACAAGCACAACCAAAAGCAAAGAAGAGACGAAGUCGAUCGAUCGAUCUCAGCAACCAAGCAGGUAGGUAGGCAUGGCGGCCGAGAAGGAGGGCGCGGUGGUGACCAAGGGCCACGACGAGGGGAUGAAGGCGGCGGCGGCGCUGCUGGAGGAGUUCGGGCUCCCGCCGGGGCUGCUGCCGCUGGAGGACGUGACGGAGGUGGGGUUCGUGCGGGCCACCGGCUACUUCUGGCUCGCGCAGCGCAAGAAGGUGGAGCACCGGUUCCGCAAGAUCGGCAAGCAGGUGAGCUACGACGUCGAGAUCGCCGGCUACGUCCGGCCCAGGGGCAUCAGGAGGCUCAAGGGGGUCAAGGCCAAGGAGCUCGUGCUCUGGCCGCCCGUCCACGAGAUGGCCGUCGACGACGACCCGCCCACCGGCAAGAUCCACUUCAAGAGCCUCGCCGGCGUCACCAAGACCUUCCCCGUUGACGCCUUCGCCGCCGGCCAGUAGCCACCCACGCGUACCAUCUUAUAUCACUAUAGUAAUACAUCAUACACCAUUAUAUAUGGCGCAUAUAUAUAGUAUUAAUUAAUCUCUUGUGUUACUACCUUAUAUAUAUGUUAUGUGUGUACUUGCUUUGCUAAUCCUGAUGAUGAUGAAGAACGUAACCUCUAGUUUUUUUCCUGACAAAUAUAAUGAAAUGAAACUGAACAAUAAAAGUAUAA